CCACUUUCGGUUAGUUGUAGACACUGAAAAGUAUGCGACUAACCGACAGCAGUGGCGUCCUUUUUGUUAUUUCCUAAUAGGUAAAAGUCAAGGAAAUUAUAUGUUUACUGCCUUCACUGAAACCAAUAGUGAAGUUGUGAUCACAAUACCUGAACGAUUUCGCAACGCAUUUUACUUCGCACCCGGGGACUUCGUUCUCUGUAGCCCAGUUGAAAGCAAGCGGAUCAAAGGUGAAAUCCGCGCGCUACUUCGUGAGGCACAAAUACGUCACCUCGCUUCCAAUUAUCCGUUUUGUUUUUGGGUUUCGGCAUUUCCAAAGACUGGUUCCAAUUCUGAGUCAUAUUCUUCAGUUUAUUUAAUCACCGAUAAUCAUCAUCCGUGUAUCCAACUUUUCAAGUCAAGUCAAGUAUUUGCUUUA